GGUUGUUGGUAGAACCACAGGUACAAAUUAUUUUGUGCAAUCAAAAAGGAACGUGUGUUAAAAACGCAUGAAACGAAACGACAUGGUGAGUUGAGGACUUCCCUCUAUUCUAGUCUUCAUGAUCCAACCAUAUAUAAUAAAGAAAUAGAUAAGCUAUCAGUGUUUCAUGAUGGUACAGACUAUUAACUUCAAGUUUUAUGAAGUAACGCGAUUUACCUUACACCACUGUAUAUAGAUAGAGUUUAAUGCUCCUCUGGGAACAUCACCUCAGUUCCUCACCUCAGUAUUCUUGUCUAUGCUCAGUACUUCGCUUACAAUUGUUAUAGGAGUAAUCUAUCUCUAAUCAAUUACUUUAUUAUCUAUGGGUACACCACGAUAGAAAUAAUUCUUUAAUAAUCAUUAUAAUAACUACACCUAUUCUAAUAUUUAUAUUAUACAAUCUAUACAAUAUUUUACAAUACUCGUAGGAAAGUUUUUAUUUUGAUCAUAAUUGUAGUUGAAUUUAUUAAUGUCGACCUUUAUACUAUUGAUAAGGCCUAACUCAUUGUUUCGAUUUAUUGAAACCUAUUUGAUUAUAUAAUUUCAAGUUUAAUAAAGUAUUGUAGACAUUUUAUAAACAUUAACUUAGUACCUAAUCAUUAUAAUCAAAUCAUUACAUAACUAAGUUGGGAACCUAAUAAUAAUUUGAACAUUGAAUUUUGAAAACUAUUGGGACUUUAAUUAAAUUCAUUGUUAGAAAAAUAAGUUUUAAGGAGUAAAAUGGAUAUUUUAACAAGUAAUGUUUCUAAAUUAAUUUCGUUAUCAUCUACUCAUGUUAUUGGAAUGACUGUUGCUAGUGCUGCUAUUGGUUUUCUGAACUAUUAUUUAAUUUUUGCAGUUAAGGUAAGAAUUUAUUAAUUUACAUAAAGUAAAUAUUUUAUGAUAGCUUUUAUUAUUCAUCGUAUGAAAAUGUAACUAUUUUUAUAAAUGAAAUUGUACAUAUUAUAAAAAAAUUACUCUGUAUUAAUCAUUUUCGUAGUUUUAGACAUUUUUAUUGAAUAAAUUAAAUCUCUUAGAGGGAUUGCUUUUAAACCCCCUCUAUUAUUUUUGCUUAUUUAAAUAUUUUUAGAGCAUUUAUCCAGUUUCUAGUUAUAAUUAUAAACUAAUUGUAAGUACCUAUAUUCUAGAAACCCAGAAUACAUUGUAAAGAAGGUGAAUUUAAAAAUUUUAUUCGCCAAAAUAUUCCAAUUAUCAAUGAAAAGUAUUGGCCAACAAUAUGGUGUUUUGAAGCUAGAUUUCAAAGUGUAUUAGCAAGUUUGAUACGAUCAUUUGUUGUUCCUCCAGCAGUAUAUAAAAGGUAAUUUAAAUUUAUAUUACCAAAAUACCUAUAUUAUAUUUUUAUUUUCUCUGUUGAUAAUUUAUUUAUUUUUAAUUUAUAUAGUUAUUUUUAAAACAUUGUAGAGAAAUAUUUACAUUAAAUGAUGGAGGUCAAGUAGCAUUAGACUGGCUGGAACCAACUAAACAUUCUAACUUAAUGUAUGAUGCUACCAUUUUAUUUUUGCCAGGAUUAACUGGUGAUAGUAAAUGUGAGUAUGUCAGAGCUACAUCAUUGGCUGUACAAAAAUCAGGAUUCCGGAUUGUUGUUUUCAAUUAUAGAGGAAUUGGUGGUAUUGAAUUGAAGGUAUUAUGUAAUUUAAAAUAAUAAUACAUCAUUUAAUACAUUCGGUACUUAUCAAUUUUGUAUACACAUACUCUGGUACUGUUCAAAACUGCAAGUAUUUUGUUUUAUUAUAAGCCUAUAAAUAAAAAAAUUGAGACAGAUUUUACUCACAUAUAAAGUAAUAUAUACUGGAUAAUGUUGAUAGAAAAAAAAAAUCAAUACUUAUUAAAAAUAAAUUUAGAAAUGAUAUUUUGUCAUCAUCAACACAUGCAAAUAAACUAAAUGAUAGCUUAAGUCAUCAAUCUACAGUGAACGUGUUAAGAGUCAUUAUUAUAUUUAUAACCAUUUUUUAAUUUAUUUAUUUACAUAGUAAGAUUAUUUAUAAGUAUGAUAUCUAUCCUUAAGAUUCAUAAAUUCCUAUUAAAUGUAUGUAUUAUUCAUAGUGUUCAGUAGUCAAAGUGUAAUGUUAUAUGUAUCUUAUCUUUCAACUAUUAUGCAGUGCCUUUUAAAUACAAAUUGUAAAAAUAAGGUACAUGUCAGACUUUUUUAUUAUUUUUCAUUGGUAUUGCUUUAAACAAUUUGAAUAAUUAAAAUUGUAUUAUUAAAUUGUUUUAUUCACUAGGUCAGUUUAGUGUAUUGAGAUUUACUAUAUUAAUACAUUUCACAACUUACCUAUUCUUAAUACUUGUAUUUAUUUUAGACUCCAAGAACAUAUUCUGCUAAUAAUAUUGAAGAUUUAAUUGAAGUGGUUAAUCAUGUAAAAAGUAAAUAUCCUGAUACAAUUUUAGGUGGUAUUGGUGUAUCUAUGGGUGGGUAAGUGAAACAUACAAAUUAUUAAUCAUUGAAUAUAUUAAUGAUUAGAAAUUAAAGUUAUUGUAUUUUUUAUAAAUAGUCUUUUAUUGGGAAGUUUUUUAUCAUCAACUGAACAAUACACUCACAAAUACUUCUCUGCAGCUAUGUUAAUAUCAGUACCUUGGAAUUUAAUGGCAACAACUAAAAACAUUGAAAAACCAUUUUUAAAUCGUAUGCUAUGUUCAUAUUUGGCAAAAUGUCUAUGUAAUCUUGUAGAAAAGUUAGUUUUAAUAUUCAUGAAUAUAAAUUAUAUUUGAUACUUAAUUACUUAAUAGUAAUAUGUUUAAAUGUAUUAUUUUAGUAGUAGUAAUGUGUUAAAUUCUUCAAGGCAUAAAUGGGAUUACAAUCAAGUUAUACAAGUAUAAAAUAAGAAUACGUGUAAAUUAUUUUAAUUUUAAUAAACACAAUUUUUUUCAGAGUAAAACUAUUCGAGAAUUUGAUUCAAAUUAUACAAUUAAAUUAUUUGACCACGAAUCUGUUGAAGAGUAUUAUAAAAAAGCCUCACUGCAUGAUAAAUUGGAUUGCAUUCGAGUGCCCUGUUUAUGUUUAAAUGCUGCUGAUGACCCAUUUUGUUUAGAAUCUGGUAAAAUUGUUGAAUUUAAAAAUUUGUAAUAAAAUUAUUAUUAAUAUUGCUAUAUUUUAGAUUUGCCACUACGGAGCGCUGACAAUUUAGACAAUUUAGCUAUUUUAGUUACAGUUAAAGGUGGUCAUAUUGGAUUUUUGGAAGGUAUUUGGCCAUUCAGUAAUCAUAAUGAAUUUAUGUUUCGUAUAAUUGAUCAAUAUUUUAGUUCAAUUUUUAAGGACAAUAGUUAUAAAAAAUAUUUUUGUUGAUUUUUUAAAAUAUAAAUUAUACCUAUAGUAAAACACUAGGUAUUGUAAACAAAAAUUAUUUAGGGUAUUCAAUUUUUUUAAUAUAUAAUAUUAUAUUAUUAUAUUUAGGUCAUAGACAGUGCUCAAAUAAAAGAAGAGAUACUAAGACUUAAAAAAAACAGCGGUACUUACAAUUAGCUGUACAGGCUGGAAAUAUGUAUAAAGCCUAAUACUUAAAUAGCUCUUUAGUCUUUCAAGACAUGAUAUAAUUUUCAAAACAUUCUGUCAAUUUUUGGUUUUUCAGCUUUUUAUUUAGUUGUAUUUGAUUAAAAUUGAUUUGGCUUUGUGAAAAUGCUUGAAAAUUUAAUACUUGGUUUAUCAUAAAUUACUAUUAGUGGUAAAAAAAUGUUUUUUUUUUGUGUUUAAAUGUAUGGUCCAUGUGUGUUAUUUUAAAAAAAAUAGUAGAGGUACUCUAAAAUUUGUGAAAAAUGAGUUGAGGUAGAGUCUCCCUUUUUCCCUCUCUCUAAUUUGAGCGCUGGCCAUAGGGUGUACGUACAUAAGUAUACAAUAUAUAUAAAAUAUAUGUAUUGUUUUUAUAGUAGUAAUUGGUAGGGUUUUUAUAUUAUUAUUUUAUAAAACAUUUUAAAAUAAUAAAUCUUCAUAGGACAUAUUAUAUUACUUAUUAUACUUUUGUGUAAAGUUAUAAAGUGUAUUUCUUUAUUUAUAACUUAUUACAAAUAUAAAACUAGACUAUUUUAAUAUGUUUGUUAUUUUAUUGUUGAUUUGAUAUGAUCCAUUAGA